AUGAAUGGUAAACAGCCUAAGUCCUUUUUCUGUCUGGGUGUGGGUCCUCUCCUCUCAUACCUCAGGUUUAUAUGGACAGGUAUUGGCACUGCCAGUAACUAUUACAACAGUAAAUAUGGAGACAUCGUCAAGGUCUGGAUCAACGGAGAGGAGACACUCAUACUCAGCAGUUCCUCUGCAGUGCAUCAUGUUCUGAGACAGGGGCGUUACACCUCUCGGUUCGGCAGUAAACAGGGUCUGAGCUGUAUUGGCAUGGAUGAGAGAGGCAUCAUCUUCAACAGCAACAUGGCUCUAUGGAAGAAGACCCGCACCUACUUCGCUAAAGCUCUGACAGGGCCUGGGCUGCAGAAGACAGUAGACGUGUGUGUCUCGUCCACACAGACUCACCUGGACGCUCUCCAGGGGCCGGACGGAUGAUGGGUGGACAGGUGGACGUCCUGAGUCUACUAAGGUGUACAGUAGUGGACAUCUCUAACAGACUGUUCCUAGGGUGCC